UCUAGGGUUUUGCAGGGUUUUACCAGCACAUGACCAACUUCCAAGAAGCUCCAUACUCAUCAAUGUAGACUGAAAAGGGUCAGCUUUAAUCACUCUCUUCUUCUCUUUAUGCUUCGUUUUAGGUUUCUUGGUAUUAUAUACUGGAAAUGUUAUGGAUAUGGUUCUCCAUUCGAAGAAUUGCUUCACAUCGAAUGCUAAAAAUGGAAUCUUUGUCUUCAUUUCGAAGUCUAUCCUCACAAAUUCAAUGUUUUGUUGAUGACCCACAAGUUUCUUUUUCCUCUAGACAUUACCAUAAGUUUCCUGAAAAUUCAAGAAUCAUCCUUACUCCUACAAUUGUACAUAAAACUAUAUCAAAUUGUUGUUCUGAUGUUCUUGCCUUUUCUUUUUUCUUGUGGUGUGCAAAGCAACCCAAUUACUUUCAUGAUAGGGUCACAUUGACCCACAUGGUUAGUAUUGUGUCUAGGUUGACCCAAAGAUUUAGAACAGUGAAAGGGAUUGUUAAAGAAUUGGAGGAGGUUGGUUGUGUAAUAAAGCCACAAACUUUGUUGUUUUUGCUGAGAAUUUAUUGGUUUGGUGGAAUGUAUGAUAGGGUAUUCGAGGCGUUUGAGGAAUUACUUAGAUACGGUUAUACUCCUAAUACUUUUUCUAGGAACAUUGUAAUGGAUGUAUUGUUUAAAAUUGAGCGUGUCGAAGUGGCACUUAGAGUUUUGAAAGAAAUCCAGGUUCCAAAUUUUUUGUCGUAUAGCAUUGCUGUUUGUAACUUGUGUAAACUCAAUGAUUUGGUUUAUCUUCAGGAUGUACUUACGAUUAUGUUGAGAAAAAGGUAUUAUCCUAAUGAGGAGACAUUUUUUGUGAUUUUGAAUUGUUAUUGUAAAGGAGGUUGUAUAGCAGAGGCAAAACAGAUAUUGGGUCUGAUGAUAGUUUUGGGUGUUCCUAUAUGCGAGAGAGUUUGGAGUAUAUUAAUAAAUGUUCAUUGCAAAGCUGGGAACAUGGAUUCUGCAAGUCAUUUGAUUAAGAAGAUGGUAGAGAGUGGGCAUUCACCAAAUGUUGUAACUUGCACAUCGUUGAUCAAGGGAUUUUUUGAGUCCCGGAUGCCAAGCGAGGCAUUUGGGAUCUUGGAUACCAUGGAAUCAAAAGGAUGCUUCCCUGAUUUGGUUCUUUGUAAUGUGUUAAUAGACUGCCUCUCUAAAAUGGGUAGGUAUGAAGAUGCAAUUAAUGCUUUCUUCCUUUUGCGGGAGCAAAGACUGAUACCUGAUUCUUAUACUCUUUGUUCUUUGAUUACAACUGUUUGUCUCUCUAAGCAAUUCGUCGAACUACCUCUGCUUAUAACUGGCUUCAAGAUCCAACCUGAUUUAGUUGCUUGUAACUCUUUCCUUAGCUAUUUCUGCAAAGCUGGUUAUCCUGCUGGUGCUAUUGAAUUUUACAAUGACAUGAUAGAUAGAGGUUUCGUAGCAGAUAAGUAUACCUUUGCCGGAUUAUUGACUGGAUUAUGCAGGUCAAGUAGGAUAGCAGAGGCAGUUAAGGUGUACCGUGGACUUGUUAGAAGUCACGUUGGGCUUGAUUCUCAUAUAAUUGCUGUGAUGAUAAAUGGGCUGAUAAAAUCUGGUAAAUUUCACAAAGCUAUUAGCUUAAUCAAGAAAGCCGCUUCAGAGAAGUCCCAACUAGAUGAUGUUUCUUACAGUAUUGCCAUUAGUGGACUUCUUACUGGUGGUGAAGUUGGAGAAGCUUAUGCCUUGUUUCGCCAAAUGAAGGAGGUUGGUCUCUCCCCAAGUAAACAGACCUAUAAUCUGAUUCUCUCAGGUUUCUGUAAAAGAAGUGAUGUUACCAUGGUUAAAGAGAUCCUACUUGAAAUGGUUGAUGCUAGUGUUGAAGUUGACCCUUGUAGUCUGAGGUUUAUGAAAAAUCUCCUGUAUAGAUCCCGCCAUUCUGCUUCACUCUUGACUCUAUUGACUGAUGUUUCAACUUCCGAAAUCCUUCCAAGGGAAGUAUAUGCGGAAUUGAUGAAUGAGCUAGUUGAAGUCCAUCAGGUAAACAUCAGAAAUGUGCACAUGGACCGGUUUAAUAACGUUGAUUUUGGCACAUCCAGCUCAGAUGAAAUCCAGGAGGUGGCUGUUUCAGUCAGUUGAUAUGAUUUGACUUGACAGCUUCUUCUGUCUAUAGCAAAGUGCUGUACUUAAGUUCAUCAAGAAUCUGAUCUUACUCUCUCUCAGAAAACCUAAGAUGAUUAUGUGAUCUAGGAAUGAAUUGAUUCCCUAAAGGGGGAGGAUAUCGAGCCACCGAAGAGUUGCCUGAACUGAUAAUACAGCAAAAGGAUUCAGGAAAUGUGGUAUGUAUAGUGUUACCUCCAUAAAACAUGAUUUCAAAUAUUUUGAUUAACUCACUCUCUCAUGCAAGUUGGUACGCUAAAGAUGCUAUAAUCCUUGCUUGUGUUAUUUGUCAAAAAUGGUGUUGAAAAAGAUUUCAUGAACCCUGGGGCUCGGCAGAUUGUUCUUGUUGCUCCUACAGCUGCAGAUUAUGAGCAAGAUGGAGCAAUACACUCUGGAAGAUGAUGUUUGCUGCUCCCCAUGAAAGCUGGGAAGUAUGUGGAGGUACUAGCUUAUCCAACCGUAAGUGUACCAGAUAUAAAAAACAUGGUAUCUUGUUACGCCAAUCUCCCUAGUAUAAUCCUCACGUGAUUAAUCAUCAUUUGAACUAUGUGGAAAAUUCUGUGAAUUAAGCAUGUAAGAGUUUGAACGCAUCGGGAAUAGUGAUAUUGUAUGGCCGUGGCAGAUGUUAUGGUAAAACGGAGUGAAAUGCUUCAGUUGUACUGCUACACAAAGCUAUUUCGUCCGAGUAUAACCUGCAGAGAAGAUGUUUACACCUAUGUAACCGAUGCUAUCUGUGUGAAAAAGGAAUUGAGGAUGUAAAUCAUCGUCUUCUUCAUUGUCCAGUGUUAUCACAGUUGUGGAAUAUGCUUUCGUGUCGUUGGUGGUCCGUUUGGAGAAUCAAAGGUGCUUUGAAGGUGAAUGGGAGCCAGUUGCUAGAAUCAAGUAUAAUGUAUUUUGUCCUUAGCAUCUUGGUGUAAGAUGGAAGAUAUGUUUUUGUUAGACAUGAUGCUAGAGUUCAUCAAUUUCCAGCAGUGCUAAUUAAACUUUUGUUAUGUAAUAGCUAUAAUGUAACUUCUGCAGAACCUUUGUGCAGUCGACAGUGAAAUAAAAUUAAACUAACUCAUCAAUAAAGGCCUUUUUGCAUAGGAGUUUAACAUUCCA